UUCAUCUCUCUCUCAUCCCAAUCUCUCUCUCCUUGUCUCUGUACUGUAGCUGGUGUGGACUACGUAGGGAUCAGUCGUAACCUGGACUAUGCCCCAGGGAUGAACCAGCAGACCUUCAGGCUGACAAUCCUGGAUGACCUGGGUCAGCCGGUGCUGGAAGGGCCAGAGACCUUCGAGCUGGUCCUCUGCAUGCCGGUGAAUGGCAUUCUGGGAGAACCGGGCAAGACCAUCGUCUUCAUCAACGACUCCGUCUCCGACCUGCCCAAGGUCCAGUUCCAGGAGGCGUUGUAUACGGGGGAGGAGAGCGACGGUCGUAUCCCGGCAACAGUGUACCGUAGCGGUGACAUCAGCUACAAGUCCACCGUGCGCUGCUACACCCGACAGGGGUCAGCUCAGGUCACCACAGACUUCCAGGAACGACCCAACACGGACGUAUCCAUCAUCACGUUCCUGCCAGGGGAGGCGGCACAGAAGUGUGUGUUGUCGCUGGUCGAUGACACAGUCCACGAAGAGGGGGAGGAGCUUCGACUGGUCCUGGGGAACCACAAGAGCGAAUCACCGUUCGGGGCGUCGGUCGGAGAGCUGAAGGAGACCACCAUCCUGAUUAAAGAUACUGCUGACAAGUCUAUCAUCAAGUUUGGAGAGACCGAGUUCAGUGUGAGUGAGCCAAAGGAGGCAGGCUCUGUUUCCUCGCUGAAGAUUCCAGUGCUGCGAUUGGGCGACACCUCAAAGUUGUCAGUGGUCCGUGUUCACACCAAGGACGAGUCAGCUACCUCAGGAGAGGACUACCAUCCUGUCUCAGAGGAUGUUAAGUUUAAGCCUGGGCAGACGGAGCACGUUGUCGAGGUGGAGGUGUUGUAUGAUGGAGUCAGAGAGAUGAGAGAAGUCUUCACCGUUCACCUGAAACCUGACGACAACAUGGUGGCCGAAAUGCAGAUGAUUAAGGCCGUGGUGUACAUCGAGGAGACCAGCGGAGUGGCCGACGUCGCCUUCCCCUCCCUGCCUCACGUGGUGUCACUGCUGCACUACGAAGCCAUCAGCAAGACAUCUCAGAAGCUCCACCCUCCUGCUGGCUACCCCAUUGUCUGUGUCACCGCCUGUAACCCUAAGUACCCUGACUACGACAAGACAGGCUCCAUCUGCGUCAGCGAACACAUCAACAACACGCUGACGCGCUACCGCUGGCUCGUCAGUGCCCCUGCUGGCCCGGAGGGUGUCACUACACCCAUGAGAGAGGUGGACUUUGAUACCUUCUUCACCUCCUCCAAGAUGAUCACCCUGGACUCUGUCUACUUCCAGGCCGGCUCCAGGGUGCAGUGUGCUGCCAGGGCUGUCAACUCUAACAAAGACGAGGGACUGGAGCUCAGCAGUCCCAUAGUUACUGUUAGUCUGGAGGAAGGUAUGUGCCAGCCUCGUAAGGUGGGCACGGUGGGCGCUGGGCCCUUCUCUGCCAAGCUACGCUACACCGGAGCAGAGGACACAGACCAUCCCAACCUCCUUAAACUCACUGUUGCCAUGCCACACAUUGAUGGCAUGCUACCAGUCAUCUCAACCCGUCCUCUGUCUAACAUGGAGCUCACCCUCAGCCCUGACGGUACUCGUGUUGGCAACCACCGCUGCUCCAACCUGCUAGACUACAGCGAGGUCACCACGGGUCACGGCUUUAUCACCCCAAUGGCGAGAAACGCGGAGAGCGUGAGCGACACCUUCCCCUACCAGCACAGCACCCCAAUGCGAGGGGACGACACAUUGCGUUUCUAUGAGAACCUCAACCUAGAGGCCUGUCUAUGGGGGUUCACCAGUUACUAUAACAUGUCUGAACUACUCACCGACUGUGGAGGGACCAUCAGGACAGACGGACAGGUGCUGAAUCUGGUCCAAUCGUACGUGACUCUGCGUGUUCCACUGCACGUGUCAUACGUGUUCCACUCCCCGGUGGGUGCGGGGGGCUGGCAGCAUUUUGACCUGCAGUCUGAGCUCCGCCUCACCUUUGUGUACGAUACUGCUAUACUGUGGAAGGACGGCAUCGGGAGCCCACCGCAAGCUGAGUUACAGGGUGCCCUGUACCCCACCAGUAUGCGUAUCAACGAGCAGGGUCGUCUGGUGGUCAACUUUAAAACCAAGGCUCGCUUCAGAGGUCUGUUUGUAGAGGCCAACUUUGAAGGCAGGAUCAAGAGUACAGCAUCCUCUCUGUCAUCCAUGGUGAUGUGUGAAGACAACCCUGGCCUGACCUUUAACCUCAGCCUGGUGAGGAGUGAAGCCACCUACAACCAGCCUGUCCAGCAGUGGACAUUCAUAUCAGACUUUGCUGUGCAUGACUAUUCUGGUACAUACAGAGUGAAUCUGAUUCCCUGUACUACAGCCCAGAACAUGGAGUACACCGUCCCCCCUGUCUGUAACCCCAGAGAGCCUGUCACCUUCCACCUGGACAUACGCUUCCAACAGGUCAGUGAACCAGUAUCAUUAGAGUUCAGUCUCAACACUCAGAUAUUCCUGCUGUCCAAGAGGAACCUAUGGCUGUCUGACGGAUCCAUGGGCUUCGGACAGGAGAGCGACGUGGCCUUCUCAGAGGGUGAUACUAUCUACGGUCUUGUGAUGGUGGACCCUGUUCAGAACCUGGGGGACUCUUUCUUCUGCAACAUAGAGAAGGUGUACCUGUGCACCGGCGCGGAUGGAUACGUGCCAAAGUACAACCCCACUAACUUUGAGUUUGGAUGUCUGGCUGAAUCUCCCUCUCUGCUCUACCACUUCAAGAUCUUAGACAAGGCCCAGCCCGAGACUCAGGCCCGUGGGUUUGGUGACGUGGAAUUUAAUGCAAUGUUGGCUGCAGACGACCCCUCAGCUCUCUCUCUGGUCAGACAGCCUGGAACAGACGGAUUCAGACUGGACUCUACGGCCAUGUUCCAGGUGGCUGCGGGUCGUGAGUGGUUCAUCCACACCAUCUACACCAUCCGCUCCAUAGACAACGCCAACCACGGCAUCGGCAAGAGGAGCUUCGAGUACCACCACUCCCUGGUCGCCACGGGCAACGACCUCUCCAUUACCCCCGGGGUCAAAGGUCAAGGUCACCGUGUGAGGAGGUCAGCCAGUGGAUUGGUCGGAGCGGCUGUCCCCGACGUGGCCGAUGACAUUGGAGCAGACAACAACCGUGGCACCAACAUCAUGCACAUCGCCUUGGACCGUACCAAGAGGAGGGCGGCAGCGGGGGUGGAGCUGUACGCCGACCGUCUGGAACCAAGAGAGCUGAGCAGGGGGGAGGGGGAGGAGGGGUUGCCGACGGUGGUGGGGGGACUGGUGGGAAUGCUGCUCACCUUCCUCCUCAUCAUCAUCCUCGUCCUGGUGGUCUGGUACAGACAGAAGGAGGAGAGGAAAGAGAGGGUGAGGGGGUCGGCGAGCACGGAAGCAAUGAUGGUGGCGAGGAUGGACGACUGCAGCAACAGCUCAGAGGUCUAAGAGAGAUGGACGGAUUGAAAAAAAAUAAACAGAGUUUUGAGGAGUCUUUGAGCUUUUGUAAUGUGUGUGUCCCCCCCCAUGAUUUUUGUACACUGUUACUGGAGGAUUUUUGAAAGCUCCAUCUCGUGGCUGCUCAGUAAGUCAAGUGAUUGAAAAGCUUCAUCCUUGUAUAUUUAAACUCUCCCAUUUAAAACACCUAUAAAAGAAUAACUGUGCUGCAAUCAGUUUUGUGGUUUUAAAGACAGCUCCUCCUUUUGUUAAAUGUCAUGGUUUUACUUUUCCUUGUAGCUGUUGUGUUGCAAGUGCCUCAAGCAGCUACACAUAGACCAAUGGGCGCUCUCCUUAAACAGCUAUCUAGAGUCUUGACCAAUGGGCGCUCUCCUUAAACAGCUAUCUAGAGUCUUGACCAAUGGGCGCUCUCCUUAAACAGCUAUCUAGUGUCUUGACCAAUGGGGGCUCUCCUUAAACAGCUAUCUAGUGUCUUGACCAAUGGGGGCUCUCCUUAAACAGCUAUCUAGUGUCUUGACCAAUUGGGGCUCUCCUUAAACAGCUAUCUAGUGUCUUGACCAAUGAGGGCUCUCCUUAAACAGAUAUCUAGUGUCUUGACCAAUGGGAGAGCUACUUCAACAGCUAUCUAGUGUCUUGGCCAAUGGGAGCCCUCCUUUAACAUAUAGCUAGAGUCUUGACCAAUGGGAGCUCACCACCAACAUAUAGCUAGAGUCUUGACCAAUGGGAGCUAUCCUUCAACAGCUAUCUAGUGUCUUGACCAAUGGGAGCUCUCCUUCAACAGAUAUCUAGUGUCUUGGCCAAUGGGGGCUCUCCAUCAACAGCUAUCUAGUGUCUUGACCAAUGGGAGCUCUCCUUCAACAUAUAGCUAGAGUCUUGACCAAUGGGCGCUAUCCUUCAACAGCUAUCUAGUGUCUUGACCAAUUGGAGCUCUCCUUCAACAUAUGGCCAGAGUCUUGACCAAUGGGAAUUCUCCUUCAACAGCUAUCUAGUGUCUUGGCCAAUGGGAGCCCUCCUUUAACAUAUAGCUAGAGUCUUGACCAAUGGGAGCUCACCACCAACAUAUAGCUAGAGUCUUGACCAAUGGGAGCUAUCCUUCAACAGCUAUCUAGUGUCUUGACCAAUGGGGGCUCUCCUUCAACAGCUAACCUAGUGUCUUGACCAAUGGGAGCUCUCCUUCAACAUAUGGCUAGAGUCUUGACCAAUGGAAGUUCUCUUUCAACAGCUGUCUAGUGUCUUGACCAAUGGGAGAGCUCCUUCAACAGCUAUCUAGUGUCUUGGCCAAUGGGAGCCCUCCUUCAACAGAUAUUUAGUUUAUUAACCAAUGGGAGCUCUCCUUCAACAGAUAGCUAGUGUAUUGACCAAUGGGAGCUCUCCUUCAACAGACAUUUGGUGUCUUGACCAAUGGGAGCUCUCCUUCAACAGAUAUCUAGUGUCUUGACCAAUGGAAGCUCUCCUUCAACAGAUAGCUAGAGUAUUGACCAGUUGGAGCUCUUCUUCAACAGAUACCUACAGUCCUGACCAAUGGGAGCUAUCCUUCAACAGAUAUCAAGUGUAUUGACCAAUGGGAGCUGUCCUUCAACAAAAAUUAGUGUCUUGACCAAUGGGAGCUGUCCUUCAACAGAUAUUUAGUGUCUUGACCAAUGGAAGCUCUCAUUCAACAGAUAGCUAGUGUCUCCACCAAUGGGGAGUUCUCAUACAACAGAUAGCUAGUGUCUCCACCAAUGUUGAGUUCUCAUACAACAAAUAGCUAGUGUCUCGACUCAUGGCUGGGGAACUCUCAUUCAACAGAUAGCUAGUUUAUUGGCCAAUGGGGAGCUCUCAUACAACAGAUAACUAUUGUCUCCACCAAUGGGGACACCUCGUUCAAUAGAGCGCACAUUUUAUAGAAGGGCAACAAUACGUACAGAUGGCAUGUUGCUGCUGGAUUGUUUAUAAUAGCAAUAAGGCACAAGGGAGUGUGGUAUGUGGCCAAUAUACCACGAUAAGGCACAAGGGAGUGUGGUAUGUGGCCAAUAUACCACGAUAAGGCACAAGGGAGUGUGUUAUGUGGCCAAUAUACCACGAUAAGGCACAAGGGAGUGUGGUAUGUGGCCAAUAUACCACGAUAAGGCACAAGGGAGUGUGGUAUGUGGCCAAUAUACCACGAUAAGGCACAAGGGAGUGUGGUAUGUGGCCAAUAUACCACGAUAAGGCACAAGGGAGUGUGGUAUGUGGCCAAUAUACCACGAUAAGGCACAAGGGAGUGUGGUAUGUGGCCAAUAUACCACGAUAAGGCACAAGGGAGUGUGGUAUGUGGCCAAUAUACCACGAUAAGGCACAAGGGAGUGUGGUAUGUGGCCAAUAUACCACGAUAAGGCACAAGGGAGUGUGGUAUGUGGCCAAUAUACCACGAUAAGGCACAAGGGAGUGUGGUAUGUGGCCAAUAUACGUGGUAUAUUGGGUAUAUUGGGCAUAUAUCACAAGCCCCCCCCCCCCCC